AUGAGGGUUCAGAUAGGAGAAGAGGAAUUUUCUCAAUGGCUUUUAAAGCUUGGAAGUGGAACAUUACCUGUCAAGCCUGAAGAUCCUUUGCGAGGGUGUAUUGAAAUACCUGAGCAGUAUUUUCUCAAAGAAGCUGAUUAUGCAAAACGUGCUAUUUUAACGCCAACAAAUGUUGAUUCAUUGGCAAUAAAUGAAGAAGUCCUUCAUCGCUUACCCGAUGAUGUGAAAACAUAUUUAAGUUCAGAUAGCAUUGAUACUGAUGAUCUUAAUGAAAUUAAUAACUUUUCAGUCGAGUUUUUAAAUAGUUUGACUCCAUCAGAUCUCAAAGGUGGACUUUGUAAUGGAACCCGUUUGAUGGUGCGUGCAUUACACAACAAUUAUAUUGAUGGUGAGGUUUUAACAGGUGUAUCAGCUGGUAACAGGGUAUUUGUUCCUCGAGUUCAAUUAGCUCCAUCAGAUGCAAAUUUACCUUUUACACUUAAACGCCGUCAGUUUCCAGUUAGGUUAGCAUACUCAAUGACCAUAAAUAAAAGUCAAGGUCAAACAUUUGAAAAAGUUGGUGUUUAUCUCAAAAAACCUUGCUUUUCAGACGGCCAAUUAUAUGUUGCAUGUUUAACACAAGAUUUAACAUCUUGCAAAUUCCAUUCAAACAAAGCUGGUUUGGUAAUUCCAGUUAAAAAGUUUAAUGAUUUUUCUUUAAUAUUAAUAUAG